AUGGAUGGCAGACCCAUGAGAGACUGGAGACUCCCCAUCCAGCCAAACUCUUUGAUAGCGGUAUUUUCCACCAUCGCCAAGUCGGCAUUGCUAGUUCCUCUUGCCGAAUGCAUCGGACAGCUGAAGUGGACCUACUUCCAGACACCCCAAUCGAAGCCUGUCAAUCGCCUUUAUGACUUUGAUGUGGCUACCCGCGGACCAUGGGGAGCCUUCACCUUUGUCUACAAGCUACGAUUGAAGAAGUCCGCUGCAUUGGCGUCUUUUGGGGCAGCUCUGACGAUCCUUUCGCUUGGCUUUGAGCCCUUCACACAGCAAGUGCUCAGAGUCUACUCUAAACCAGCACUGCUAGUCAACGCUACCGGAACUGUAAGCUCAAGCAACUCGUUUUCAGACGCAUCAAGUAUAGAGAAAGCUGAUCUCAUUGGCAUAGUGCAUCCUCUGACCGUCGACUUCACAGACCACGUCGCUUUGCAAGACAUCAACCUGCUGAGUAACGUAUACUGCCCAACGAUAGAAUGCAAACUUGAUGAGUUCACCUCUCUGGGUCUUUGCGAGUCCUGUAGCUCGGAAGAUGUUACUUUCGAUGGCGAUUUCUGGAACGGCGGUAACCUUGCAGAUGAAGACUUCCGAGGAUGUGGCAAUUUUGUGAAAUCCAGCUACAAUGCCACAUAUCAACACUUUUACUUCAACUACACCGCGUAUACCGCGAUGACAGAUUAUGUUGCAGCCACCCAGCCUUAUCAGUGGGGGAGAAUGUGCAAUAUCAAGAAGUCAGGGUAUCCGGAAUUGGUGCUCUGGAUUACCACGAGCCGCUACCUCAACGAGAGCUAUCCCAGUAUUACCGCUGUUGACCCGGGCGAUACCGCAUCCGGCGGCUAUCAAUUCGGUAUCAUCCGCUUGACACGCAGCAAGAUCGAUGGAACAUACAGCCUCUUCUCUGCGCCAGAUGGCAGUCCAACAUUUGUUUUAUCGACUGAGUUCCCACCACAAAUUGAGUACUGCGUAGGAAACUUCGAAGGUUACCAGGUCGCAAUGGAACCUUUCAAACUACCGCUACAGGCUAUUUCCGUGUUCACUUGUUUCAAGUCGACAUCGGAUCUCACUCGUGUUGGCGAAACUGAUCGACUCGGGUUGGUAAACGGAACGAUAUCUCACUGCCAACUCAGCUAUUGUGCGAAGCGCUAUCACAACAUCACGGUACGGAAUACCGUCGUAAACUACGGCUCGGUAGAAGAGUUCCCACUGAUCCCGACUGGUGACGACCCCUAUAAGGUGGCAAUUGGAUAUGAUCAAGCAUUCCGUGCAGAAGACCUGAACGAGACAUUUUACCUUGGCAACUAUUCGCGCCUCUGGCUCGCCGCUUCCACGUCGCGUAUCCUCAAAUCCACGACGCUGAGUACAUACUUCUUCGAGUAUUUUCUACACCAUACAUGGUCAUAUUUCUUCCAAGGCCUUGCGCAAGUAGGAAGCAAAGUCAUACAAGGCCCCGGCAACUUCGCAGCUAUCAACAACACCAGUGACGCUUACGGGCCGGAGAUCUUCGUCGAUGUGAGAUGGGCCUGGCUUGCGUAUCCGCUGGCGCUCCUCGUGUACUCCGCACUGUUUCUCUUUUUGACGGCGCUGGGUAGCAGAAGACGUUCUUAUCUCUUCAAGAACUCGAUCUUGGCUGUGCUCGUUCACGGUCUGGAAGGCUGGGAUGCGGUGGAUUGUCCUGAGCUGCUUACCGUAGCGAAGGAGAGGAAUAGUGACCUGAAACGAGCUCUGGGACCGGCGAAAGCGUCCUUAAUUGAGAAUGACGACGGGUUGCUGAAGCUCAAGCGUGACUGA